AUGCGGUGGGGAUUGCUGAGCUUGGUGGCACUGCGCAGCGCCCACGGGUUUGAGCUGGGAGACAACAUGGGGAACCAAUGGGACACGGGCAGGGACAUCCCAUCCCCCCCCCCCCGGCCACAUGGAGGCACGGGGCUGCUCUCCUUUCCCCCCGACCCGCCGGGCCCCCCCAGGACCUCCGCACACCUCCGGCCCCUUCGCAGCCGGCACACAUGGGGACCCUCCCCGCCGACCUCCGGACAGGGCAGAGCCCCGCUGCCUGGGGGCCGCCGGCCCGGGCCCCCUCCUCCACGGGAGACCCUUCUACGGGGCUGCAGGUACCGGGGGAGGAUUGGGGUGGCGGGGGGAGCCGAGGUCGCACCCAAAGGCUUUGCUUUCCCGAUCCGCUCCUGCCCCUCGCCGCCCCGCUCUCUCCCUCCGCUCUGCGCUCCCUAUCACAGACGCGGUCCCGCUGUCGCGACACGGAGAUCGACCCGAUGGGCUCCCGGCGAUGCGAGAGGAGCGCAAAACGCGGCCGCGGAUGGGAGCGGGGAUCCGCCCGGUGCCCGGAUCCGCCCCAGCGGGACUCUCCCCAUCGUUUCUCGAUCUCCCCGAGCGCUCCUCGCUCCUUCCAUCCCCGAUAACACCGUCGGAGGCCCCGAGGGCUCCGCUUUGCCCCGGCCCCGUCAGACCGCUAAUAGACCGAACAGCGAGGCCGAGCGCGACAGGAACCCAACGGCACCGGGGGAGGGGAGCGCCGCUUACCGCUGCCUGCAUCCUCCGUCCGGCCUCGGGAGCCCCGCAGCCCCGGCCCUCCGCUCCCGGUCCCCGCGGGCGCUGCUCUCCUCCCGGUGA